AUGGGCAACGGUAGGAUCCUGAAGUCUCUUGCUGUGCUCCUCGGUGCCGGCCUGGUUCUGACCGACGCGGCGUCUCCGUCACCCGAGGUCGAGAUUGCCAAUGGCACCAUUCGCGGCGGGAGAUGCGCGUCCUCCACCGUGAACUACUUUCUGUCCAUCCCCUACGCAGUCCCGCCGGUUGGCGAUCUUCGCUUCACCCCUCCGCAGCCCUACAACCAGACCUUCUCCGGGGUCCGUGAUGCCACCACGCCCGCCCCUUCCUGCCCACAGCUAGGCGCUUUUUUCGUCGCAUACCAGGCGGGACAGUCCGAGGAUUGCCUGUUUAUUGAUGUCUGGGCCCCGGUAGAUGCCACCAAGGAUUCGAAACUGCCGGUAAAGGUUUGGCUGCACGGCGGCGGGAACUCGGCCGGAGGCAUCUCCUAUCCGCUCUAUGAUGGGUGCAACUCAGACACCGCAGCCGUGCAUGUCAGUCUCAACUACAGACUAGGCGCGCUGGGCUUCCUGGUUGCAGACUCUGCCGGUCUCUUGGGUAACUAUGGUCUCCAGGACCAGAUCUUGGCCCUGCGCUGGGUACAGGAGAACAUCGAGGCCUUUGGCGGCGAUAAGAACAAGGUUGUGGUGUUUGGACAGUCCGCCGGGGGCCUGGACGCUCACAUCCUGGCCACCUUGGACGAGGCCCCGUCGCUCAUGAAAAGCGCCAUCAUGGAAUCCGGGGCCGGCCAGUAUGUUCAGGACCUACGCUCGGUCGCUGAAUUCAGCGCAAAAUUCGCUGCCCUCUUACCGUGCGGUGCUGAUGAUGUCGCCUGUCUUCGAGCGGCUACACCGGAGCACCUCAACGCUACUCUCUUGAGUAUGUUCCUGAACGGGAGCGAUGGCUUCGUUUUCGAAUUCAACGGAUUCGGACCUGCGGUUGACGGCAAACUCAUCCCCGCCCAUCCCACCGAGGCAGGCGUCAAGGUCCCUUCCCUGAUAGGUUCUACUGCGCAUGAGGGAACGCUGUCCCUCUAUGUGAGUUACGGUAAUGCAACGGCCAGUCUUAACCAGACAGACUAUGACCAAACUCUGCUGUCCAACUUCGGCUCACAGGCCGCUAUCGUCAAUACAACGUACCCAGUCUCACGCUACAGCAAUACGGAACUACCCGUCUUCUACGCGAUUGACUAUGUCUACACCUCGUCCGUGAUCCACUGUCCUGCAUUCAACGCCCUGAAGAGCAGCGCGAACACAGCACCGGUCUAUACCUUCCUCUUCAACCACACAAUCACCUGUCCGUGGGUGCCCUUCAUCGCCCCGGACGCGGUAGAGCUUCUCGGACCCGCGCACACGUCCGAGCUGGCCUUCGUGUUCGGCCAGGUGCGCCAGAUGCCGUUCGGCACGGGUUUGUGCAACCUGACGGGCCAAGAGGUCGCCCUGAGCGCAUACAUACAGGCGGCUUGGACAAGAAUGGCGGAGGCUGGAAACCCGGGCCCGGACUGGGCUGAGUUCACAGAGAGCUCGACGUUGGGAGUCGUGUUUGAUGACGUCCCUGUGCCUGGCAUAGUCGACUACUCGGAAUGCGCAUUUUGGGAGGAGCUAAAGAGCCAAGACCCUGCCUGA